AUCGAACGAAAAAGUAAACAGUUGUUUCCCUUUAAUCUGAAUCAUGAUCAACUCAUUUUCGUUGAGCAAUUAAUUAAUUUUCUAUUUUUCUUAAUUUCUUUAUCCGGGAAAUUUCACAUCUAAUUAAUUUAUUUAGUUCUUCCAUCGCAUUGAUACAGUCUAAAGUUCCUGCUAAUUGAGACUUACCUUCUAUUGUUUUAACCAGUUGAUUAUUUGGUUCAACCUUUGAUUUCUUCAUUUUGAUUAUCAUUUAGGUUAAUCAUAGAGAUUUGUAUUCGUCAAGUAUUGGGAUUAAAUCAUUGAUAAUUUUACUCUUACGAAAGUCAUUAAUUUGUCAACAUUAUGGAUCCAAUUCAAUUGAAAGAAUGUGAAACCGUUGCCAUUGAUUUAGCCCGAAGAGCUGGACUGAUGAUGCAAGAGACUGUCGGUCGUAAUACUAAUAUUGAAACUAAAUUGACUCCAGUUGAUUUGGUUACCGAAACUGACAAAGCCGUUGAAAAGCUUAUCUUUGAUGAGUUGAAGAAAAAAUUUCCUGACCAUCGAUUCAUUGGCGAGGAAACUUUCGCUGGAAAAGUUGACCUUACCGAUUGUCCAACAUGGAUUGUUGAUCCAAUCGACGGAACCAUGAAUUUUGUCCAUACAUUCCCAUUCUGCUGUGUUUCAAUUGGCCUCACUGUGGGUAAAGAAAUUGUCUUCGGUUGUAUCUACUCACCAUUUCUGAAUAAAUUGUACACCGCUAAGAAAGGUCAAGGAGCUUAUUGUAACGGUAUUCCAAUUCAUGUGCGACCCUGUGACUCGAUGAAAUCAGCUUUGCUUAUCAAUGAACUUGGCAGCAAUCGGACCGAUGAACAUCAGAAAAUUUACUUCGGCAAUUUAGCCGCAAUCGGCUGGAAAUGCCAAGGAGUCCGUUCCCUCGGAUCGGCUGCUCUUAACGCUUGCAUGUUGGCCAACGGGUACGUUGAUGCUUAUUUCGAGUAUGGUUUACAUUGUUGGGAUUUAGCCGCUGGUGCCAUUAUAAUCAAAGAAGCCGGUGGAACUGUUAUCGACCCCGAAGGUGGACCAUUUAAUUUACUCUCUCGACGGAUAUUAGCAGCCUCCAAUGAGAAAGUUGCCAAAGAACUAUCAAACUCAAUUGUUGGACAUUUAUCUUAUGAACACGACUAAUUAACUACAAAUUAGUCAACAACCAAUUAGUGUUUUACUUAUUCAACACUAGUAUAAAAUUAAAUCCAUAAAGGACCAAUCAAUUUUUUCGUGAACCAAAA